AUGAGUCAGGACAUUGCGGAGCAGAAUAUCCAGAUGUGGAAGGUCAAGAAGCUCAUCAAGAGCCUUGACUCUGCCAGAGGAGCUGGCACAUCCAUGAUCAGCCUCAUUAUACCUCCAAAGGAUCAAAUCUCUCGCGCGUCUGCGAUGUUAACGCAGGAAUAUGGAACUGCUUCGAACAUCAAGUCUCGAGUCAAUCGUCUCUCCGUGCUUGCUGCGAUCACCAGUACCCAGCAGCGCCUGAAGCUUUACAAUCGCGUGCCUCCCAAUGGCCUCGUGCUUUUCGUGGGGACGAUCUUGACGGAUGAAGGAAAGGAAAAAAAGGUGUCAUUUGACUUCGAACCUCAUAAGCCCAUCAAUACUUCGCUUUACCUCUGCGACAACAAAUUUCAUACGGAGGCUCUUUCGGAGCUCUUGGAGUCCGAUUCACGCUUCGGCUUCAUCGUUAUGGAUGGUAACGGCACCCUCUUUGGUGUCCUUUCAGGAAAUACGCGUGAAGUCAUGCACAAGUUUACUGUCGACCUGCCCAAGAAGCACGGACGUGGAGGACAAUCAGCUCUGCGUUUCUCGCGUCUUCGUGACGAAAAGCGACACAAUUAUGUGCGCAAGGUUGCCGAAUUGGCUGUACAGCAUUUCAUCACCAACGACAAGGUCAACGUGACUGGUUUGGUCCUUGCUGGAAGUGCCGAUUUCAAAACGGAACUCAGCCAGAGCGACAUGUUCGAUCAGAGGUUGGCCGCCAAGGUCAUCAAGGUCGUCGAUGUCAGUUACGGUGGUGAAAAUGGUUUCAAUCAGGCGAUUGAACUUGCUGCUGAGUCGCUUGCCAACGUCAAGUUCGUCCAGGAGAAGAGACUCAUUCAGAAGUACUUCGAUGAAAUCAGCCAGGAUACCGGACGUUACUGCUUCGGUAUUGAUGAUACUCUCAAAGCCCUCGAACUUGGUGCAGUCGAAACUCUGAUCGUUUGGGAGAACCUCGAUACGACGCGAUACGUCUUGCGCAACGCUGCUGGCGAGGAAAUCGUUGUUCACUCCAGCAAAGAACAAGAGAAGGAUCGCGAAAAGUUCAUUGACAAGUCCACAGGCCUCGAGAUGGAGCAAGCCAUCGAGCCACAAUCCCUCCUCGAGUGGUUCGCCGAAAAGUACAAGGAGUUCGGUGCCAAUCUUGAGUUCAUCACGAACCGGUCGCAAGAAGGAGCACAGUUCGUCAAGGGUUUCGGCGGUAUCGGUGGUCUGCUCCGAUAUAAGGUUGACUUCCAGAAUCUCUCCUCCGUCGAUGAUGAGGAUGAGGAUGAGUUCUACUCAGAUGAUGACAUCCUCUGA